AUCACCCUAAUAUUAUGCUAGUCUUAUGGUCAUUAGGAGUGAUCCAUCUAUUCAAAAUAUUUUUUAUAUAAUGAUUCUUGAAAUUUUGAACAUUUAAUAUUUGUAUGUCUGAGUUGAGGGGGAGAUUACAUGGAUAUGGAAUUGAAAGAGUCUCCUUUUUUUGUGGGUCUGAUCAUUUACUUCCCAAAAUUGCCCUUUUUAUUAUUUGCAGGAUAGUUAUAGACUAUAGUGCAAUACUCAAAUAGAGACUUAGUGAUCUGUAUCCAACCCCAUAUAUACUAGUAUAUUCUUAAAGCUUUUUCCAUUUUCUCUCUUUCCUUUUGAUCUUAGGUUCCUCUAAAACAUUUUGUGCUAGAACUGCUGUUUACUACUAGAUCAUGGAAUGUAGCAUUUUGUCAUGAUUUUAACUUGAAACACUCUUCACUUGAUCUUGAAUUUACUCACUGGAUUUUGUUUGAUAGUUGAUUUGUUUUUACUCAAUGGAAGAAGAUCAAGAUUUGAAGUAUUUUUGCAAGUUGUGUAACAAGAGGUAUCCAUGUGGGAAGUCAUUUGGGGGUCACAUGAGGUCUCAUGUAUUAGCAAAUUCUGCUAAAUUAGAGGAAAAAGUUGAACUCAAACACAAAAAGGUGCAAUCUUGGAUUAAUCUUGGGAAAAAAAAUAGCAAGAGAGAUCAUAAAUCAAAGUAUGAACUAGGUGAAAAUUCUGGUUAUGGCCUUAGAGAUAACCCUAAGAAAACUUGGAGGGCUGUCGAUUCGAGGUCCCCUUUGCCUCAAGAGAAUGUUUGCCAGCAAUGUGGUAAGAUUUUUCAAUCACUGAAAGCUUUGUGUGGUCACAUGGCUUGUCACUCGGGCAAAGAUAAGGGCUCGAAAGAUGAUCACUCGUGGACUAGUGAAAACAAGAAUAUAGCGAUGGAUAGCAACUCGGAUACUGAAGCUGAGGAGCCAAUAAUGCUGAGGAGCAGAUCAAAAAUUAAAAGGUACAAUAAGUCUAAGUCCUCUUCUUUUUGUUUGGUUAACAAUAGAAGUUUUUCCUCAUCUGUUUCUGAGAUUGAUGAGCAAGAUCAAGAGGAAGUAGCAAAGUGUUUGAUGAUGUUGUCAAUGGAUUCUGGGAAAUGGAAUGGUGUCAUCAAUUCAGUUGUUGAGUCUUCUGACAACAAUUCUGUUGUUUUUGAGUCGAAAUCAUCAUCUGUCGACAUGAGAAUUUCUAGAAAGGAUAGUCUAAAAUGUGCUGACAAUGUAGAUGGAACACCUCGAAGCAAGAAAAAGGCGGACAGGAACUUAAAACUUAAUGUUCUGAAUGGUGAAGUUCAAUCUGAGAACUCUGAUUCCGGAUACUUUUUAGACGAAUAUAUGAACGUUGAAUCAGACGCCUCUGUUGAUGAGUUCCAUAGAAAGUAUAAUUACCAACGUAAUACGUCUAACAAGAGCCUCGGAGUUUGGUACGAUGAGUCUAGAAUCGACGAGGAAAAGGGCUUAAACAGAAUGAAAAAGCAUAUAACAGACAUAAGGAAUGGUUCAACCAAGGACUAUAAAUACAAUAGCUAUGGCAUGGCUUCAAAUUUGGUUAAGUGUGAAUCAAGAAAGAGAAAUAAGGAUAGUUCUUAUCACUCAGAAUUAGGAAAUGAGUCCUUUAAUAAGAAGAUAAAGCUUGGUUUUAAAGGUGCAGAAGGAAGCAAACAUACUCAGAAGAAGAAAAAGUAUGAAUGCUUCAACUGCAAGAAGACUUUUAGCUCUUACCAAGCUCUUGGUGGACACAGACCCUGCACUAAAAAGAUCAAUACCUAUAUCGAAUCGAAGUAUGAAACGAACGAAAAUAGCCGAGAUGCUGAUCGGGAGACAUUUAGCAACAAAAAACCAGCUGCUCAUACUCGAGAUAUCUCUUAUAAUCCUGAGAAAAAGAUGAAGGCUAAGAAAUUCAAAGGACAUGAAUGCCCAUUUUGCAACAGGAUGUUUAAGUCCGGACAAGCUUUAGGCGGACACAAAAGGUCACAUUUCCUUACUGGUUCUCAGGAGAAUCAGUAUCAAGCUUCAGCAUUCAAAAGAGAAGUUGUUGAUUUACUUGAUCUUAAUCUUCCUGCUCCUGUUGAGGAUGUGAACGGCGAGCCUGCCUUUGUGUCUUCUUGGUAGUUAGUAAUAAACAGAACCGCCAUGUUUGCUGGUAAGCUGAUUUCAAAUAGAGAGAACAGAAGCAAUGCUAAGUUGUAUAGACAACGCGCUGCUACUACGGUUUUUUCUCAGCUGUAAGAACCUUACACCAAUGCUACUUCUGGCAUGUUCCAUGAAUAUGCUUCAAUUUUUGCUAGUUAAGUUCAUUCAUAUCUUUAGCUUGAGACAUUCUUAUAUUAUGUCCAUUUUUG